CGGAUGUCUCAAGGAGCUUGGGAGAAGUUGGCUCAGGUCACUGUCAAGGGCGCUGAACAUGACUCUCGUGAACGCUUGCCUCAUCCCCAAUGUUUGGAAGGGACCCGAGUGGUCCUCCUCGACCACAUCUACGGAACAUUGGAUGACAAAUCAAAGAAUCGACUCAUUUGGCUCCAUGGCACAGCGGGCGUCGGAAAAUCUGCUGUUGCAUUUACUGUAGCCGAAAGGAUGAGAGCUCUGAAAGUGACAGAUGAGACGAUUAUCGAGAAGCGGCUCGCAGGAACAUUCUUUUUCUCCCGCAAGCACACGAAUCGACGCACAACUGCUCGUUUCUUUGCGACGCUUGCCUAUCAGCUAGCCAGUAAUUUCCCCAGCGUCAGGACGCACGUGAAUAAAGCCAUCCUCGAGAACCCUGCUCUUCUACACCCUGAUGGGUCUCUUCGCGACCAGAUGGAGGCGUUGUUUUCCCGACCUUUGCGGCAGCUCAAACACAGCCUGCGCAAUUGUCCGCCUUUGGCGUUCGUUAUUGAUGCCCUUGAUGAAUGUGCGGAAUCCCUCGACCAAUCCACACCGGAACCCCUCGACCAAUCCACAAUUGAACCCUUCGAUAAAAAAAAAUCCGAAGUUGAGCUUGCUGAACUCAUCUCCUUGCUCGCCCAGGCUCUUCGAGAUCCUGAUCUGCCUGUGAUCCACAUUCUAGUCACAAGCCGCUCGGAAGCGUAUAUCCAUGAAGCCAUGCAGCAAAAAGAUGUGAGCCCGCUGGUGUGUGAGAUACCAGUGAAGAUUUCCGGACAGGGUGUUGCCGCCAUCAUCUCGCUAGACGGCGCAGAUGUCGAUGAAGACAUCUAUCUUUUCUUGCAGCAUUCCUUCAAAAAACUGCAAAGUCGCAUCCCCACUUUCCCACAGCCAACCAAGGUUCAACUCGAGCGGCUAGCGAACCGAGCGGGGAGACGUUUCAUCGUGGCGUCUACAAUGAUGAUGUUUAUCGACGAUCGACACAACGAUCCCUACAACCGUCUCGAGCUCAUGCUCAAACUAGCGAGUGACCUACUUCCAGGAACGGAGGUGUACAAGUUAUACGACUGUAUCCUCUCCACAUGCGCUGACCCAGCGCAGGCAUACCUCCACCUGUCUGUUAUUGCUGCCCUUGCAGAUCCCCUGCCUAUAUCACAAAUCUCGAAACUUCUUGGUCCUGGUCAUGGCAGGGACGUUGAAAGAGUACUGGUGCAACUACGGUCUGUUAUAGAUGUUCCCACCGACAACACUCUUCCUGUGAAUAUCUAUCACUCAUCCGUUCGUGACUAUGUUUCCCAGCGCUCUAACUGCAGCCUCCCUCAAGUGAAAAAUGUCACGUCACCGCACUCCCUACUCGCACUUUCC